GAGUGUCAGGAAGUAGCAGUAAGUAAUGUGAACUGGGAAAGACAUCAAACUACCUAUUUCUUUCUUUCAUAUAGAAAGUAUUUAAUGAAAAUAUUAAUUCUCGUCAGCGCGGUAGCUGCCGUUUUCUGCCUCUUUAUGUUUCACGGCUCACUGAGUUCUUCUUUGUAAUAGUUUAAGUGAAUGGAACCGGGUGAUUUUACGUUACCAAACAAAGCAACGUUUCCCUUUCAAGCUUUUAUAAAAGAUGCUGAGCUGUUAGUCCAAAGUUAGUAAUACACUCAGCUAGUUGCAGCAUGCAAUGGAUUCCUCUGAAACAGAGCCUUUAUCUAACAGUGAAAAGAAGGAGGAAACUGCACCAAGCACAUCAGAUCAAGGACAAGAUGGAGCAAAGCCAAAGAAAGCAUCUCUGAAGAGGACUGCUGCUAAGCCUAAAAAUGCCAAAUCCAAAAAGCGGAAGAAGGCCAGGGUCUCCCAGCCCGGCUACAGAGUGGAACAAGGAGAAGAUAUGCUUUUUGUCAUAUCAAGUACAACAUCUCAGUACGAUUAUUCUGCCUGGAAGCCCCCAAAGAAGGGAAGCAAAAAGAAAAAGCCAUCUAAAGCAAAAAUAAAAGCUGGUCAGAGUAAGAAAAAAAGGACAGUUCGUGCCAAGCCUAAACCGGCAAUUCCAGCAAUUGAAAAGGAAAAAGAAGAUUCGACAUUGUUUGUGCCACAAGAAGCUACAGACAACAGAUGGGGGGAAAGUGUUCCUGAGGAAGUGCUCAUCAAUAUUUUUCAGAUGGUGGUCAGUCAAGAUGGUGCUGUACCAUUUCUAUGCAGGGUGGGGAGAGUCUGUCGUCUGUGGAACGCUGCUGCCUCCAGUCCGGUCCUGUGGAGGAAAACCACCAUAAGUCACUGCUGGAUAGCGCCUGGGAAGAGCCAGCUACCUAAAACUGAAACAAGGAUUAAGGAAACAUUUACCUGGCUGUCACAGAACAGAUUCUCCCAGCUACGAGACUUUUCUCUCUAUCACUGGAAAAAGAAUGUGAACUUUGCAGUAGAGACUUUGUCGCAGAAUGCCCCACACCUUCACUCCCUCACUCUCUCAUACUGUGCAGGCCUGACAGCGGGGGCCUUUCAGAGCCUCGGUCUGCAUGGUCGGUCUCUGCAGAGCAUAAAUCUUCAAUACUCAGAGUUUCAGGUUGAAGGACUCCUGGAGUACCUUGAAAACCAUGGGAGCCAGAUAAAGCAGUUUCUCUACACUCAUGAGAUAAAGCAUGGGAGAGUCAUAGCUGCCAUCACGAGGGGAGUCUGUCCUGAUUUGGAGUUUUUGGAGGUCAACACAAAACUCGACAAUAAGGAUUGUGAACUUCACAUCAACAUUCAGGCACUACAGGUGGCAUGCCCAAAACUCAAGACCUUCAGGAUGCUGAAUGUCAGACCUCUGCUUAAGACGGCUCGUAAUGAUGCUGAUUCAACAUUAGGCUUCCCGUUGCUAGAGGAGCUUUGUAUCGCAACCACAUCUUACUCCUACAUGACCGACAAAGAUUUGUGGGACAUUCUCUUUGGCUCCACAAAGCUGCGCGUGCUGGACCUUCGAGGCUGCUCACGAGUCACACCAUCCGGUCUUGCAGGACUGCCUUGUGCUGAGCUCGAGUGUCUGUACUGGGGACAGUAUUUCAGCAGCACCAUUGGGUCUUCAUCCACUAAAAAAGGCCUUCACAUGGUGACGGAGAAAUGGAGUCGAACACUGCAGCAGCUUGACAUUGCAAAUCAACUCUUCACUGAGGAGGAGCUGGAGAUAGCAAUGAGCUACUUUGGUCAGGCAACAGAGGCAGAUACCCUGCGUUCACUCAACCUGAGCGGGACCAGGAUCACACCAACUGCACUCAGGUCAGUCAUUGGCCAAAUGACUUCUCUGAACUACCUCAACCUUUCAGCCUGCCGUUAUCUCCCAAGAGGACUCAAGAGAAUUUACCGUGGCCAAGAAGACAUUCACCAACUGCUAGACAAAUUAGACUAAUUUUCAUAUUUAUUUGUUUCUGGAAAUAAUUGAUUCUGGUUGGCGUGAUAUUUUCAUAGAAUGCCUCUUUUUGGACUUUAGUGCUUCUUUCUGCUCAUGUUUUUAAAAAAUCUGUUUUAUAUGAAUGUGGAUCACUCCAAAACCAACCAUUAUUGUACUGUAAAAUACUGUUUACUGUUGAAAGAAAGUAGAAACCAAGAAUUUUUCAUCCAGAGAGAAAAAAAUGUUCCUGCUUUGUUAUGGUCAGUCAACAGUCAGUAAAAAUUCAACUUAAAAACUGACAUGUUUGAUUGAUUCCUAUGGAUUACCUUUAAUGAAUGUGAAGAGACAUUCAGUAGUAUGUAUUGAUUUUCUAAAUGUAUUUCAGUGUUGUAACAAGUUGCAUAAUUCCAAUAAAAUGUUUUGACUUGAAUUGUUUGCAGUUCA